GCUUGCUUGCUCUGACCGAUCGAGAUCUACCCCAGCACCGCGUCCGCCCGGCCCGCCGGAGGGCAUGCAUGGGCGCUGGAGUCCUCAGCACCCGAGCCGAUCGAGUCCUCGGCUCACCUACUUGCACCGAUGGAUCGCUGUCCCGAGAACCGGGCGCCCGGCCCCCUCGGUCGUCCGGCGCCAUGCCCCUCCUCGUCGAUCCAUUCCUUCGCCGUACGUCGAGACACCUUCUACAUACUUCCGGCGGCCGCCCCGGCAUUAAUGCCACCAUGAUCGAAUAUUCCUUCAUAAGGAAGGCGGUUAUUUGGAGCAAAGGUAAAUUGGGGCUCUUUUAUUUUGUUAUAAGAGAUCCAUUCAGUUAGCUGUUCUUUCCAAGAGACUGGUGCUAUUUUAGUUUCCCUUCUCAGAAUAUUUGUUUCUAUGCAUUGGUGCAUAUACAUGUUAACUGAUUUGGGGUUAGAAUGCAGAAGCAGCUAAAAAAGACACAACGCAUGAUUUUUCAAUAUUCCUGAUGGCAAUUUUUUCAACUCCAUCCGUUCCAAAAUAUAGGUUGUUUUGGCAAAUUUAGAUACAUAGAUUUUAUUAUGCAUCUAGAUACACGAUAUUAUACAUAGCAAAAUCUAUGCAUUUAGAUUUGCCAAAACGACCUACAUUUUGAAAAGAGGGAAGUAGUGCUCAUAAUUUUCUGUCCGAACUGCAAGCACUAGGUGUGACUGAAAAUGCCUCUGCUGCUCCUCACGAGUCACGAAGUGGAGGACCAUACUCGAUCUCACCAGACACCAGGUAUGAAUCAGAUGAUGACAACCUGGCAGCAGCCAACUCUAUGGGUGGAUGCGAUCCCUAUCUGCCAGUACCAGUUGCCAAUGACAUGUUUGAUCAAUUGCCUGGCUAGAUUCGUGAAGCCAAAAUCUGUUGCCUGGGUGCAUGGUGCCUUCUGGACAGUUGUCGCGACACCACAGAGCCAAGCAUACAUUGGGAGAAUAACAUCUCAAAAUGUAGCAACGACACUUUUUGAGCACAGCAUCAUUUAUAUAUCAGUUUGCCGUCAGUACUGUCAAAUCGAGACCUGACAAAUUAAGAUUAGUUUUUGGAAGAUAAUACCAAUUGUGCGAAUGCCACCAGAUUCUGGACGGUGCCAAACCCACACAGAAAGAGCCUGCAAUAUUUUGUGCCCUGCAUUUGUUUCUCGAGUCAGUGCCGUCUCUAGCCAAAUACUCCUAGUUCCAUGCGAUGGUUUGUUUUACCUUACAAUGUGCUUUGAUCCUGUCUCCUGUGAUCCUGUCUCCCACCAGCACGAGAAUGGUCUUGCGGUGGCGCACACGCCAUGCGACGGGUCGGCGCCGAAGCCUGCGAGGAGCUCCGGGUGCGCCGGCGGCGACUCGACGGCCGGCUGCUUCUGUGCCUCGCACUCGCAUCCAGGAGACCAGGACCCAGCGAUGUCAACAACUCAUCAUGGGGCACUCGGCGUCCCCGACGAGGGAGUACGCCGAUGACGAUGAGACGCCAGCUGGCGUCCGAAUCGAUACGAGAUCGAAUUAAAGUGGCACGCAUGCAGAUGAUCUUGUUUAGGUUAAGAUUUCACAGUAUGCGCCAAGAACUUUUGCUGCCUUUCAAAACCGGCUACGGAUCGGUGCCCAGGUUGAGGUAGAACUGGCGAUCCAAGAGCAUCUCCAAGAGCUCCCCAAAACAUCUCCCUAAAUCAAAAUUAAGGGGAAUUAUCCAAAAAACGUUCUCCAACAACUCCCGUAAACAGCUCCCUAUUUUUAUGCCCCCCUAAACCUCCCUCAAUCGUAGACAGAAUCGGGGAAAAAAUACGCCCCCCGUUUCCGUCGUCGUGCCGUGGCGCCAACAUUUCGUGGUUGUUUUUUUUGUUGGCGCGCACCUCCGCAGGUCCGCCGCCUCUCCCUCCGCUGGCGUCGCCUUCACAUCGCCCCUCGGUGCUGCAUCUGUCUCCCGCCGCUCCAUCCUCGGCUCCGCUGCCGCAACCUCCUCGGCUCCGCCGCCGCUCCAUACUCGGACGGGUGCACUCGAUCCCCCGAGACCUUGUGCUGGCAAGACCUAGCAGGCUAGGGUAUGGGCCGCCGUCGCCCGCCGCGUGUAGGGGCCUGAUGAGGACGCGGCUGGCCGGCUGCUGCUGCCUGUGGUGAUCAUCUCCUGCUCCAUCUUCUUCCUCGCCGUCGCCUUGGUGCCAAGAUUCGUCACUGUUGAAUCGGGUUGCUGUGGUGCCAAGAGUCGCCGACCAGCAGAUCCCCACGCUCCGUCUCCCGCUCUUAGAAAAGGUUUAUAGUGGAUAUAGGUUGUAUGAAAAGGUUUAUAGUGCUGCAUCAUACAAAAGUGAUCUGCUGCAUCUUACAAAACUGAAACUUUCCUGUUAGUGAUGUAAAAGACUUAUACGCAUACUGCUCUAUAAAACUUAUAUGGUUGUAUUGUAUACUGACAAUAAGAAGCAUAACUUUUGUAGGCACUUGUGAGAAUGGCUGGAGACAGCACGUUUACGAGCUUGUUGAAUGAGACUCUGGGCAACAAUGGACAGGAGUGGAAUGGUUUAGGCAGCCCUCCUGAGGAGCAGCAGGACACACCCUUUUACACAACUCCCAGCACCCAAGGAAGCAAGAAAGCAAGAAACAAGAAUUUUUGUGAGUCUGAAGAUAUAGUACUUGUCAGGGCUUGGUUGGGCACAAGUACUGAUGCAAUUCCAUGCACAAAUCAGAAAAAAAGUGCUUUUUGGACUGGGGUUCAUAAUUUCUACCAUUCGGAGAAGGAAAUCAUAGUACAUCGUAGCUCAAAUUCUCUAUCUCAUCGUUGGAGCACUAUUCAAGAGUCUGUCAAUAAGUUUUGUGGAUGUUUUACUGCCAUUGAGGGCAGAAAUCAAAGUGGGAAGACUUUUGAAAACAAGCUUAUGGAUGCAUGCGUCUUAUACAAGGAAGAAGAUAAAGAAAAGAAGUCUUUCCAGCUCUUGCACUGCUGGAAUAUUUUACGCCAUGAACCAAAGUGGCAUCAGAAGAUGAGUCAAAUGGCAGAAAUUAAAUGUUCUCAAAAGAAAAACAAGGCUCCUGAUGAUUCAAUAUUGGAUUUAACUGGAAACGAAAAUGAUGAUUUGCCCAAUGCUAGUAACAAUGAUAUUGCAACUCCAGAAGGUGAUGCACCUAAGCGGCCAAUGGGUAGGAAGAAGGCUAAACAACUUUUACGUCGAGGUGGGGGUGAUGCAUGCAUUGAAGCAUUGGAUCAAAUGUGGGAAAAAAAGAAGAAGGCCGAUGCAGAGAAAGAAGCGAAGAGAAAGAAGCUGAUUAGGUGCUCUCAAAUACUCAGCUUCAAAAAUUUCAACAACAGCUAUGACAAGCCUUCUCAUACUCUCGAUAGCUGUACUUUCUCCAAUACAAACGUACUCAUCUGUGCUAUCCGCUGCUAUUCCAUUACAUAGCAUACGGAAUGCAGCAGUUACCUUCUGGAGGCAACUUAAUCCGAGUUUAUUAGCCGCA